ACAUCACAAUGCAGCAGCAGCAGCUCACUGGGUUUAACGGGCGAAGGAUUGCUUAUUAUUACUUCUUUCUUUUCUUGCUUUCUUGGCUAUAUUUAUUCGAUCAAUCGAGUGAUGAUAUUGGAGAUAUUGGAGUAUGCCAAGUCGCGUAUACAGAGUUAUUGAUGAGCCAAGGUGGGUAAGCAAGGCAUUGCAACGCGGCAUUUGAGAUUCGGGGUACAG